AUGUCAGGCGCAAGGCAUUGGGAGCAGGACAAAGAGGCUACCGUAUACAUUGGAAACCUUGAUGAACGGGUCUCCGAUAGCCUGGUAUGGGAGCUCAUGCUACAGGCAGGGCGCAUCGUUAACGUUCACCUGCCGAAAGAUCGCGUCACACAGUCACACCAAGGAUAUGGAUUCGUCGAGUUUAAUAGCGAGGAGGAUGCGGAAUACGCAUCCAGGAUAAUGAAUGGAAUACGUCUAUAUGGGAAGCCGAUCCGCGUCAAUAAGGCUUCUGCUGAUAAACAAAAGUCGGUGGAAAUUGGGGCAGAGCUUUUUGUUGGCAACCUUGAUCCCAUGGUUACGGAGCAAGUUCUAUAUGAUACAUUCAGCCGGUUUGGUAACCUAGUCAAUCUGCCAAAGGUCGCGAGAGAUGACAGCAAUCUAUCAAAAGGAUAUGGCUUUGUGUCAUUUGCCGACUUCGAGUCUUCAGAUGCUGCCAUAGCUAACAUGAACGGCCAGUAUCUCAUGAACAAACAGGUUUCUGUACAGUAUGCCUAUAAAAAGGACGGAAAGGGUGAGAGGCAUGGUGACCAAGCAGAACGGAUGUUAGCUGCGCAGGCUCGUAAACACAACGUGCAAGUGCCGACUCAAGCUCUUCCACCGCAAUUCACAGCUCCAGCCGCUCCUGCUAUGCCCGCCGAUAUGUCACGGCCAAUGAGCACAGGUCCAGCCGAUCAAGGGAUGGGAAGAGUUCCAAUGCUGCCACCGCAACUUGUUGGCUUCUCACCGAAUGUAGCUACUCAGCAGUCACUAGCGAGACCUGGCCUUCCUUCCGUUACAGCAGCCACCCCCCCUCCGGGUCUCCCAGCACGGCCUCCACCUUCGCAAGCCGGGUACGGAGGGCCUCAAGUGUUCCUACCCCCAGGCCUCAACAACUCUGGCCAGCAGCCACAAUAUACCCCCCAGGCCGCGCCGCCUCCAGGAUUUGCGCCCCCAGGAUUUGGAACACCUUCAGGAAGCUCUGGUCCGCCACCACCAAUGCCUCCUGGGUUUCAGCAGCCAGGGUAUGGUAGGGGACGUUGA